AUGUUUAGGAAAGAACCACAUAUAAAGGCAUUGAGCAAUCUUAAGAAUUCUGAUCGUAAGAAGCUAGCUCAAACGAUCCAUGCCCAAACAGGGAACGAUAAAUAUACAUGUCCCUCCAUAGUAAAGCAGACGAAUUUCCAGACUCCCACUACGAUAGGAACUAUUUACACAGACGAGAAAAAUAUCCCCAUUUGGUUUAAAGAGAAGCAUGAUCCUAGAUUAUAUGCUACCGUUUAUACAUGUUGGAAUUGUGAGGAUCUGCUACCUAUCUGUUUAAGUCAUGAUUUUGUCAUCCAGGAAAAAUUAUUCAAUGGAGCCAAUUUGAUGAUUUCUGGUACUAUUCCACCGUUUGAUGAAAAAUUGAAAGUGGGAACGUUAUGUGGGGUGGCCAGUUGUCAAGAUCCUGGGAGAGUAGUUUAUGCUAUUGGGAUUGUUAUGAUGGAUUUGCCCAAAUUUGAAAAAGUUGUUGGUGAAAGUGGUGUUGCAGUUCAAAUUAUUCAUCAUUUUGAGGACGAAUUAUUUAAAUCUUUUAAGAUAGAUUUGAAGCCUCCUGUAGUUGAUGUUCAAAAAGGAUCUGUUAAUGAUGAAGAAGAAGAAGAAGAGGAGAAAGAACAGGAAAAAGCAAAUGAGGAAGAUGAAACAACUAAAGAAAUGAGCACUGCAACGAAUGUGGAAGAUUUAGCUGAAGUUCUAGAUCAUCUAAGUGUUCAAGACGUGGAUUAUUUCAUUACAAGAGCCCUAUAUUAUACAAUUACGACUGAUACUAAACUCUCUUUACCAAUAAGUGCCUCCAACUUUAUAUCUCAGCAUAUCAACAAAAAUCUUCCUGAUGUGGAUCAUAAUGAAGUGAAUAUCAAAAAGAGUUCAUGGAAGAAGACUGCAAAAUUCUUAAAACAUUUUGAGAAGGAAGGCUUCCUUAAAUUGAAAGGUAAAGGUGAUGAUUUAACUGUUGUUGGAAUGAAUAAGACCAAGGAUGAAUUGAAGAAUUUUGUACCUUACAAGCUUGGUAGUAGUAAUGGUGAAAAUAAAGGUGCCAAGAAGGAAGGGGACUCACAGUCAGGGAUGAUGUAUUCAAUAACUUUCUAUAAACCGAUUAAUUUGGCAAAAGAUUUAAUUAAAGAGUCAGGAAUGCCUAUGAAGAACUUGUAUUUACCCACAGAGAUAAGAGAUGGGGUUAACAAUUAUAUCACUUUAAAGAACCUAGUGGAUAAUAAGAAUAAGAAGAUGGUUCUUUUGGAUGAUCUUCUAUUUGGGAUGGUGAACAAGAAACGUACGGACCCUACUGUAUCACGUUCCAUAUCCAGAGCGCAAAUCUUAGAGCCAACUUUGAAAAACAAUUUUACAGAACAUUUCCAAAUAUAUGAUUCACAGGGUACCCCUCUUUUUAAGAGUCCCAUGAGAGGUUCCCCCCCUAGGAUUAAGAUUUUAACAGAGAUGAAAAUUGGACGUAAGGUGAUUACCAAAGUUUCCAAUUUUGAACAAUUUGGUAUCAACCCGGAGACUCUAGCAGCUGAUUUAAGAAAAAUGUGUAGUGGUUCCACGACCAUAGGUGAGACAAUGACCUCUCCUAAGACUGCGGAAGUGCAAGUGCAAGGACCACACGGUCAAAUUAUCAUUGAUCAUUUGAAUAAAUUAGGUGUCCCAACCAAAUGGAUAGAUUAUGAAAACAAAUUAAAGGCCAAGAAAAAGCGUAAGUAA